AUGAGUAGCCGUAAUUACGGUGCGAUUACAUGCGAGACAUGCAAAGCAUUUUAUCGUCGACUAACCCUUAAAGUCAAUAAUUAUUUGAAAUGUGUUGCAAACGGCGAUUGCAUUAUAACACCAGAGACCAGAAAAUAUUGCCCGAAAUGUCGUCUCGACAAGUGUUUGGCCGUCGGAAUGAAAUCCCAAUUCAUACGAAGCGAUGAGGAAAACGAGUGGAGACGACGGAUGGGCGAAGAGAAACGCCGACAAAAACUACUGAAAACAUCGAAACCCUCAGCACAGGAGACGAGGACUACGACCACAACAAUAGCCAUCUCUUCCCAUAAUUGCAACGAAAUCGACGCUUUAAUUGACUCGACAACAGAUAUUAGUGACAAUGACCUCAACCAACAGAUUAUGGACAUUGAGAACAGUUGUCAAUCAAACCAAGAGCUAAAUGUGAGACAAUGGCCAGCUAUUCCGGUGUUUAAAUCACUCGUUAAUUAUAACGGCAUAAAUCAACUCGAGUUACAGCGGAUAUCGGGGUUGUUAUGGGCGGCCAAAGUGUUUGCCUAUCCAUCUAAUAAAGUGAUUAUAGACAUUACCAACGAGAGAGAAAUGUACCUGGUCUCAAUGAAACGCAUAGACUGUCACAUUAGAGAAGUUACAAAGUUUGUCAAACAAUUGGACAGUUUGUGUAGUGAAGACCAGUUGUCACUACUCAGGAGCGGGUGUUUUGAGGUAAUAAUGUUUAGGUUUGCAAUGCAUUUCAAUCCCCACACACCGGAAAUGGUGUGCCGUAUAGACAAUGAAUAUUCAGUGAGAAUGUGCAAUAAAAUACCAGAAUUUGCUAAAUGGAGUGGUUAUGAACGAUAUAAACCUUUCUUGGAUAAAGUAAUGCCCGAAUGGAAUCUAGAUCCUAUUAUUAUGCUCAUGUUAACAGUGAUUAUACUCUAUAACCCUCAUCGACCAACUCUAUUACAUCGAGAAAAUGUUAAUCAUUAA